GGCUGUAAGACAGGGUAUGUACACGAGGUGGGCCACAAUAAUAUACAGUUGAUCAUUUCAGGAUGGAUAUCAGGUGGGUUGGUGUAGUGGCACAGUGUUACCUGGUGCUCACGGCUGCUAUGUACUUCGACUUGGGAGAGCAGGAGAAGAAAUGCAUAAUUGAAGAGAUCCCUGAGGAUACCCUCGUCACUGGCUAUUUUCUAUUGGAGCCUUGGGACCACAAAAAUGGAAACUCAAACUCCCCACACCUAGGCUUGACUGUUUCUGUGAGCGAUCCAAACCACGAGGUGUUAAUGUCUAAAAGAUAUGGCAGGCAUGGAAAGUUCACUUUUACUUCCCAUGCCUCUGGGUCACAUUUUCUGUGCAUGCAAACCAACUCAACAAGGUUUUCAGUCUUUGCUGCUGAAAGAUUGAAAAUCCAUCUAGACAUUCAUAUGGGUGAGCAUUCAAUAGACCCCAAUGCUGAGAAGGCCAAAGACACAGUCCAAACCAUGGAGAACAGUCUGAGUCACCUGAUAGACCAGAUACAGUACAUAAGCAGGCAGCAGAACUUCCAGAGGGAGCGGGAGGAGACUUUCCGCCAGAUCAGCGAGGAGACAAAUGGGAAGGUUCUCUGGUGGGCUGUGGUGCAGACCUCCAUUCUGCUGUCAGUCGGCAUUUGGCAAAUGAAAAGACUGAAGAACUUCUUCAUUGAAAAAAAGCUGGUCUGAGAAGCUUGAUUCGCCGAUAUCAGAGUGUACAAUGUAAUGGUAUUACCUGAGGGGUAAUAUAAAAUAACUAAAUUGUCUUCAACUUGCUUUAGAUAGCCUAACUGUUUAAUAAAAAAGAAUGUAAACACAUU